AUUUUGUCGGUUAUUCCCCAUCCAAAUCUCAGAUGGGAACGGAAGUUUUACGAAAAUUGCAGUGCAAAAUAAUUGAUUUUUCACUGCUCAAAUUGCAGAUCAAGUUGUGCACGUAGAGCAAAGCUCUCAAAAAUGCCAUUGAAGUGCUCAUUCAAGGAUUGUUCGCAAUUGAACCUCGCCGAUUUCAGUCAAAUUGCAUUCUAUCAAGACCUUACCACCGGUGGAUGGAAUUUGGCUCUCGGGCCUGAAUAUGUCAUUCCUGGUGGCGCCAUUCCCAUGAACAUUCGCCUAGUCGGAUCAAGUGACGAACGUUUCCCGUAUAAUGUGCACUGUGCCAAUUGCCAGUUCAAAGUGGGCGUCGUAAACCUAAUUAGUGGCUUCGAACAAAUGACGGUCAAUUUUUCGUCGAGAAACGUCUACUUGUUGGACACGAACAGUGGAUCGCCGGCGAGGAAAAAAGCCAAAUGGUCCAAACUGAUCGACAUGUACCCGAACAUUCGCCGCAUAACUGCGACAAUUCCAAACAACCCUGCACCAUUGGUUGCAUUGGAUACCGUCCACUUUCAUAGUGUAUCUGAUCUGGAUGACAUUAUCGCAGCUGGAAAAGCUGUGGCAUCGAAAAGUGACUUGUCGCCGAAGGACUAUCAGUGGCGUGGAUUUUGCUUUGCCUGCUUCAAUAGCGUUUUGAUGUGUUUGCCAACGGGGAUGGGAAAAACCCUGAUCGCCUGUAUGUUGAUGAAAGCGUACCAGCAACGGAACCCGAGCAAGGGACAAGUCUUUCUAGUUCCGACUGUCGUACUGGUGGAUCAACAAGCAUCUGCUAUUGAACGAAACACUGGUUUUAACGUAAUUCGUCGGAGCGGUGACGAAUUUAAACGGAGCACCUGGUCACCGGAGGAAAUUUGCGUUUGUACUCCGGAUAUGCUUUUCAACGCAAUAAAACUCAAUCAAAUCGCCAUGUCGCAAAUAUCUCUACUGAUAUUCGACGAGGUCCACCUAGCCAACAGCCCUAAUUCAAAUUAUGGCCGUUUGCUGCCUUACAUUAGUCGGUGUCCAGAAUCGAAACGGCCAAGAGUUUUAGGAUUGACAGCGUCACCGUGCUUGAAUGAACAUAAUAUGAGUCAAAGUAUAUCCUCGUUAUGCAGUAGACUUGGAGCAGUGCCAUAUACGCCGUUACUGGACGAUAGUACGGAAAAACCGAAUCGAAUAAGUUGCAACUAUGUGGCGAUUGAGAAGACCGCAUUUGAGAUGGAAUAUGAAAAAUUUGUUAUCGAAUCGUUGAACUUGCUGUCGGGGCUGCAUCCGUUUUACAAAGCCAAUUGGAAAACAUUUCCGCGCAAAUUUAGUGUGCAAAGCAAAAUUGACACAAUUUCGAAAAGUAUCAGCAUGGCACGGUUGGUUGGACAAGACGAGGACGACAUUCAGUUAUUGCAAUUGACGACUUGGAUGCGAAAGUGGUUGGACUCAUUGAAUAUAUUGCAAAUUUUCGGACCAGCGAAACUAAUCCAGUUGAUUCGUGCUGACCUAGACUUUGUGGAAAGAGAUCGCGUCCCAUCGAAACAUUCUGCUCAACUUGCACCAAUCGUUCAGCAAUUGCGUCAAUCCGUCGAGCAAAUAUUUACGGAACAUGACAUUGCCGAGAAUUCUCCGAGAUUAUUGGAGCUGUUGAGUGUACUGAAAAAGCAUCGCGGCGAACAUGAACGAAUUCUGAUUUUUGUUGAACGUCGCAGUACUGCCGAACGAUUGUGUCGACGACUGAAAGACGAUCCGCUCAUAAACGAAAUGAAUCCCAUUUCUGUGAUGGGAAACGCAAAUUGCGGCUCAACGUACAAAGAUGUGCAACAGAAGGUGUUGGAAAUGUUUCGGGCUGGUGAGUGUCGAUUACUCGUUGCUACGUCCGUUCUCGAGCAAGGAAUUGAUGUUGCGAUGUGUGGUUUGGUCAUAUGUUUUGAUGGGGUAAAGUCAGUGAAAUCAAUCAUUCAAGCGAGAGGACGCGCCCGUAUGGAUGUCGCAACGUUCGUAGCCUUCGUUUCGGCCGACAAACAACAAAGGGCGAAUCAAUUGACACAGAUGGAAGUCGCUAUGAACUACACCAUUCGUCAAUUGAUGGCCGAAAAUCACAGCGCUCUUGAUCAAGACAUUGGCGAAGAAUUGGACCAGUUUUUGCUGUCUGAUGAUCGUCAUUCUGCAGAAAGUUAUUUUGUAAAUGACGAGUCUGAUGGUGACGACGAUGAUGAAAUGGAAAAUGAUCCAGUGACUGUUGGUGUUGGAAAAGUUAUUAAGCUGCGGUUUGUGCACUUUGUCAAUUCAGCUGCUCUGCUGGACCACAUGCAAUCCUGCGACCGGGUGAAAGUGAAUAAAAGAUUUAUCGACGCUCACUUCACAGUAUCGAACGAUGAAAGCAUGUCAAGAAUUAUCAAGGAAGUUUCAUCCAUCCCACGAUUCCGAUCGUGGAUUGAAGUAAAUGAAAACAGUCAAAGCGAAAACAUGGCCCGUCAGACAACUGUGGUUUUCGAUUCGUUAACCGGAUGUUUCUUCGAUGAUUUCACCACCGUCAAUUUUGACUUCAGUCCGAUUUGGUGGGACAAUGUGAUUGAGUUUCAUGUUCAUAACAAUGCAAUGAAAAUUUCGGCAAACAAUCGACAAUUCCGCAUUCAGGCAAUCAACGUGGAAACGAUUCUGAUCAACGACACAAUGAAUUCGUUGGAAAUAUUUUUGUGUCUACGUAAUCCGCCAGCAUACUUCAUCGACGAGGAAUUGGCUCAUUUCGACUUCACCACAAAGUCGUUCAAUCUGUGCCUUCAACGUAAGACAUCGAUAGACUGUGAAACAUCUACGGCGCUUCGAAGAGCAUUUCAUGCAUUCACCAUGAACGUUUAUAACGUUUGUCAGCUAAAUAAAUCAAAUGGGCAGGACAGCUAUCGAUCCGCUAACAGUCAGCCUGCUAAAACACCUUUCAUGACCGAUUAUUUGAUCAAAGUUUGGCAUAGCACACAUUCAGCGUUGCUACCAACAAUUUUACCGCAACGCAUUUUGGAACGGUUCUAUAAGUGCUCGUCUUUGACCGCACUGAAGCUGCUGCUAAACAACACGACACCAGUUCGCUUUCAGAGGCUAAAAAUUAAUAACAUUCAGGACGUGCGACUUCCGUUUUCGGAAUAUGAACGCCAUCCCGAGGACUAUGUGUCACUGUGUCGAGUGAAUGUAACACCUACACGAUUCGUUUAUUUACCCAUGCAGUCGGUGCAAAAGAAUCGAAUUUUUCGCUACCAUCCGGACCCGGAAAACUUCCUACUGAUUUCAUUCACUGAUGAGAAUGGCGGUAAUCCGUGGCGAUCGGCGAAUAUUUGUGACUGGUUCCUAGCCGUGCUGCGAAACGGAAUCAAAAUUGGAGAGAAAACGUUCACAUUUCUGGGCUGCUCAAACUCGCAACUACGAGAGGGACGUUGCUGGUUCUCCACACUGAACAGAGACGAUGUUUACGAUAAAAUUGGCGAAUUUCCAGGUACUUGGAGCGCUGGUAGAAAGUUAACACGUCUUGCGUUGGCCUUCGCCGCCAGUUCGGAAACAGUAACUUUGAAUGAGCGAUACUUGCAUACGGUAGCGAAUGACGUGGAAAAGAAUGGCGUCAAUUUCAGUGAUGGAAUCGGCAGAGUUUCGCACAGCUUAGUGGAGAAGCUGCAAUCUGUGCUGAAACUACCACAAAAACCUACGGCAUUUCAGAUUAGAGUCGGCGGAAUCAAGGGAGUCAUCAGCGCUUUUCAUCAGGACGAUGAGGUUACGUUCCGAAAAUCGAUGAAGAAAUUUGAAAGCAAGCACAACACUCUGGAAGUGCUAAAUUACAGCCGUUCUCUGCCAUUGUUUCUGAAUCGACAUGUGAUUCUUUUACUGUCAUGUUAUGGAAUUCCUGACGAUACCUUCCUUGAAAUGCAGCACAUAGUACUCACAAAUUGUAUGUACACAUUGGUUGACGACAAUUCGUCACUAUCAUUUGUGCAAUCUCAGUCGAAAAUUUUUGAUUGGGAACUCUUUCCACCGCAGCAUUUAGUGCGAGAGCCGUUCUUCAGUCAAAUGUUGAUUAGCAAUUCAGUCGCUUUAAUCUCCGGAAUUACCGACCACUCUCACAUACCCGUUCCGAAUGGCAGGAUUUUAAUGGGCGUGCUGGACGAAACCGAAACCUUGGAAUAUGGCGAAAUCUACGCACACAUCGUUGAAAGUGAUUUCGAUUAUGAGUUAGAAGGAAAAAUCUUGAUCUUCCGAAAUCCGUGCGUACUACCUUCAGACAUUCGAGUAUUGAUGGCCGGGAAGAGCUGUUCAGCUCUGAGAAAUUUGUACACAAACUGUUUGGUUAUGCCAUCGAAAGGGCCUAGCUCGCAUGCCAGUGAAUGCUCUGGAGGUGAUCUAGAUGGUGACUUAUACUACGUCAUUUGGGAUGAGAAUUUGGUUCCGCAGGGCCUGCAGAUUCCCGGUGAAAAAGUGGUCGAACUUAAAACGACAGAAAGUGAAACGGUGCAAAUAUGCAAUUCGAAUCACGAAUCGAUGAUGCAGUUUUACUGCGACUAUGUGUCGAAAAAUCAGCUCGGCAUUGUUGCGAAUGCACAUCUGGCGGUCGCCGAUCAAUUUAAUAUGAGACACGAACGAAGCAUUGAAUUAGCUAAAUAUGUUACAGCCGAAACCGAUGCUCCAAAGAAGGGAUACACGGUGGGGAAAAUACCGCCGAAGCUGUUGCCGUCUCAGUAUCCAGACUUUAUGCAGAAAGCUGAUAAGGCGUCUUAUCGCUCGGAAACAAUUCUUGGUGAGUUGUUCCGGCAAUCAAAGCCGAUUCUGGAAGUUUUCCUCGAAAAGCGACGUUUCACCACAAGCAAUUCAAAGUUCAGCAUCACCGGUGACACAAAUUCCAUCGAAAAUUGCUAUGCUGCGUAUUGCUAUGAGAUAAAAACGCGGCUGCAGAGUUUCGAUUUAGAGUCCGAAGUGGAUCUGUUUUCUGGCACACCGAUCUGGAAAAGUGAAUAUUUGUCCACGUACAAACAGGAACACCAAUUACGCCAAAAUGUACUCACGGACGUAGGUGCAUUUUGGCGAAAAUGGAAAACCAUUUUCGAUAAAUGGCGAUCGGACAACGAUAAUAAUCAAGAGAAAAUUCUCGAAUGGUACAGCAGACCCAAAUCGUCUCCAUGGCCCGUCCAUAGUUUUUCGUUCCUUGCGUUGCCAUACGUAAAUUUCGACGAGUGCAUCCGCAAAACCAUUUCACAAAAAAUUCUCGACUCAACGCAUCGAUGGGUCGUGUACAACAAGAUUCGAUGGUUGAAUGACUGGCGUACGCGAUACAAUAUUUACGAGACAGUGACCGAUAAACUGAAUGGAAUUGAGUGUCAUCUUUAUGGCAGCUCAGCGCUUGGACUGAAUGAAGAACAUUCGGACAUUGACUUGUGUGCGACGAGCAGCGAUUUCUCCACUAUCAGCAAGUCCUUAUAUCAAAUGGACCACAACGUGGAGAUCCUGAAGAGACCACAUUGCGUCGCACUCACUUACAAAUCACAGCACAUCGAAAUAACAAAUUUUCUAGACGGCGUUAGAAAGACGAGCACGCUGGCCAGUACACUCGACAGGAAUGUAGGAUGCUGGGCCGCUCUUAAAGUUCUGAUUGAAUGGGCUCGAAUUGCCAAAAUUGUGAAAUCAUGUGGAAGUGAAGGGCUCAUGACAGUCAUCUCGUUCUGUCACCUAUUUGUCUCAUUUGCAACCACUUCAGCACCACAGACGGAUAUCGAAAACACGCCACCGUCUUACACUCUGAAACGUUUUGCCAGUUGGAUUGAUUCGGUAAAUGAUUCGGGGUGCGGAACGUUAAUUUACGACUUCUUGAAACAAGUCAGUUCCCGAAAUCGAUUGUGGCUAAUAACGAAAGUGGACCCGUUGACGAAGGAACCUUUGAUAAAAGGAGAUCUGGUGGACGAACUGUGCCAAAUCGCUGAAGUUGCACUUUGCAUUCUAUCAGUGCAUGAUGGUGACGUUCAAAAAUUGUUCGAGUUUUGCACUAAAAAGCGACUGUUUCGACUCGAUAAGCGAUAUGUCGACCCGAACACGUCCACCGAAGCUUCAAGAAUCUCGUGUUUGAAGGAAUUGAAAAGGGUUUGUAAUCCAAAGAACGCGGAAAAUCUGCACCUUACGCUCACCGAACGGAACGGAUUCUACUAUGUCGAGGUCAGUGGUGACCAUAAAUACUUUGCUGAUGUUGAGAAAGGUAUUAACAAAAUUCACUGGAAAAUUAUGAACGUUCGGGUCAGAGACGUAUCCCGGAAGAAGAUUUACCAUGUGAUGAAUGCUACAAUCAUUUUGCCAGAGUUCGGCAAUGGAUCUUCGACAGAAGUGUCAUUUUCAUCGUACGAGGGCGAUCGAUACCAUGUCCACCACAUGGGUAUAUGGAAGUCAACAUUAAAGUUGUGCCAUGAUCGAAAUGCGAAUUGGAGAGUGCUUGAGUAUCAACGCUACGAAAACCGGUUCCUGAAACAAAUGGAUUGGUAUGAUGAAAAGCAGAGAUCAGCCAGAAAGAGUGCGAGAUGUCUUCGCUUUUUCGGUAAAUUGGUUUGCAGAGUUCGGUGUGGCCAUCACUACUUCUUUCACAUUCCGGAAGCUUUGCACAAUACGUUUGAGACGAUUUCAUUGCAAAAUGUUGAGGAGAAAGUGGCGCACAUGGAAGAAAAUCUUGAACUGGAGCGACAACAUGACAUCAUUCAGGAUAUGAAAAAUUACAACUCGUCGACGCUGGUACGAUCUCAACGACAGAGUGACAACAGUACGGAUACACUGGCGUUAAUACCGCUUCAUGAGUUAAAAAUGCGUAGCGGGCCGCAAAGAAACAAAAGUCUUCAAUUCAAGUCCACGCCGAAAAUCAAUGACGGUAAUGGAAUAAGACACUCCUUCUACACCGACUGGCGUGUUCCUUUCAAUGAAACCAAAGAGUUUGCAGCACAGAAUGGCUUUAAGGAGAUACCAACAGACUCCGACGAUUACUACACCAGUCUAACAGUUCUUUGGCGACAGCGAGAAUUGAAUGUAUUGUGCGAUAAGGUCGGCAGAAUCACAGAAAUAAAACAUCGCAAGGUUCGGUGGUUGUCGGCAACAUUCAAUAAAAUUGAAGAAGAUCGCGGUCAUGACGUUCGAGUUUACUUGGAGAGCCAAACUCCACUCGAUGACGACGAAACUAAUCUAAAAACCGUCAUCGAGUACUUGGAUCAGCGUUCCAUUUUUACGGAGGCGUUUUCGAAACACUUGCAAGAUAAUCUUAUGGAUCAACUUCCAUCAAAGCCGUUAAUUCCGGACAUUUACCACUUCAACUGGCGCUAUCGCAGUAUGAGAAUUGUUGCAACCGUUAUGAAAUUCGUUAACGCCGAGAAUGACGAGUGCGUGCUGAGUGAAAUUCAUGACGGAAUUUUCCAUGCUCACAGGCAUGAAUUCGAAUGGUUCCCCAAGCAUUUCGAAUUUGAAUUGCGGUUAUCUACGGACAAUGUAUCACCGGCAGAUUUGUGUAAGAAGUCCUACGACUUGGGACUGAAGGUUUUUGACCAUGCGAAGUUGAACUGUGCCCAGUGAAAAUUGUAGAUUUUUCGCCUUAUUAUUGUUUCUUGAAAAUUGAAAAUAAAAUUUAUUAUAAACCGA